UUCAUAUUCUUAGAAUAUCAAGGUGCGGAACCAGAAGGUUUCUACCUGAAGUACACUCAAAUAGGGGGUGUUAGCCUGAGGCACUAAGGCACUACAGCCGGCUCAUCACAGCUAGCCCCUUAGGGCACUUUAAACUGAAGGAGAUGCUGACUCAUCACUCAAAGGGGCCCCUCAAAACUUUCCGCACCCUAUUAGACAUCACGAUUCUGGUAGCUUUCUCUCUACAUUACGUUCUGUCAUAUGAAAAGCGGGAGUCUGCAACAGCUCUCGCUUUCGUAUUACAGAAAAGCCAGUGUGUCUUAUCAACUAUGCACGCCUCUGAAAAACUACAAUCUACACCCGUGUACUUCUUUCUCCUGUCUCAGACCUAAUACUCACUCCCUUCAUCCCGGCCCUUACUAGUACUUAGAGGCUUCAACUUGAUGAUGAUAAGGCCCUGGCCGUUUAAAGGGCCCAGGACCGCGACUAGAACUACCACCAGACUCAUAUUUCCCACGUCCCUCAGAUGUCACAAUGAAGGAUUCUGGGCGAUUCAGCUGACCAGCCGACACGUCCCCAAACAUGACCGGAACUUCACUACAGAGGAGAAGCACAACUAUCCACGUGAUCAUACUUCGCGAACCAGAGAUGAUAUGCCUAUCGAAAAUGUUACGACCACGGAAACCACCCAUGGCGCUUUACAGGAUCAUAGAGGUUCCUACCUAGAUCAACGGGAACGUCAAUCUUCUGGCUCUAGGAGCUAUCAAGAACCCCGUUUAGCCUACUCCGAUCACUUCGGUACAAUUAAAAGGGAUUGGAGGUUGGCACAUUUGGGUAGGGCAAGUCGAGAUGAGAGUGAGACACCACAGGAAGUUGUGGUUGAAACCUCUAUACUCCCUGCCAGUUUUGGAAGCGGAAGCGUGGAGGAUUUUCCGAACGCACAAGAAUCGCAGGCACUUCACGACCAAUUUCGAGUUCCGCCUCUGAAAGUACAGGUAGCCGGUAAUGACUCGGGGCAAGAAGAGCUCAGGCUACGGCCAGAGAAACGACCGCCCAGGCGAGAGAGAAGACUUGCACUUCGCGCCGAACAGGAUGAGAGGAAAAGGCAAAAAGCUGUCAAAAAGCAGAGGGAUUCUGUUGAGCGGAAAAGCCUGAUCAAGGGCAGAAAUCCUUUGAAUGUAUUCGACAUCGAUCAGGACCACCUGCAAUCGGAUGUGGUUACAAAUCUGGCGAAGACAGAGGAACUUCAUAAUGAAGAUUGUCGGGACGAUGAGAUGCUCGUUGCCGCAUUGGCUGUCCAUGAUAGCGUGGUUCGCAAAGGGCUGCAAACCAAAGUUCGCUUCACCAAAGAGCAGCGUAAAAGUGGAGGCCAUAUUAAAUCUAUCCGGGAAUCUCUCAUCCUAGAUCAUUCCCGAACACGGACAGAACUAUUCCCAAAACCCUCUGCCAGAUUUGAAAGUUUCAAGAAAAACUCAGACCAUUCAAUCCAGUUGUCACAUUCAAAGGAAAGAAAGUCAGAAAAAAGUCGGAAAGCAGAUUACCAGAAGCGAAGCAGAAUGGAUGUUGGUGCUCCAUGGACAAGCAUAGGGGCCAAUCCGCAGACCAACGAGCCACCGGAGAAUCGUAUGCUAAAAACUCAACAACCCAGCCCUCCAAAGGUGGUGCUAAAGGCUGAAGACGAUGUGUCGAAUGGGACAAAAUAUCAACAAAAAAAGAAGGACGAAUCUUUAGUUCGUCAGUCACUAAGCCAACUGAAUACGCUGUCUAUUCGUGGGGACAACUCGGACGCCGAUUCGACCUCUCUUUUGGCAAACACUCCGAAUACGCUUUCAACAAAAGCUCAGGCUUCUGAUAUUCCCCUUCUCACUAAUGAGUUCGAUCCUGGUCUAGAAGAACUGACGCAUUCCACAUCCCUCUCACGCUCAGAAUUGGUCAGAAAAAGGAUAGCUCACUCAUCACGAGCAACUCGCCAAGGCUCCACCAGGGCUAUAUCCCCAGCAGUUCAGAAGUUUCGAGAUUUGUUAAGUACCCAGCUAUCGAACCCUUAUCGUCAUUUCAAACCACCGACAUCCAUAGCCCAUCCUACCACACCGGAAUCGCUAUCUAAACCAGAAGCUAUUCCCACGGAACUAGAGUCAAAAUCGAGGACAUAUAUCCCUUCUCAGGCUGGGUAUUCACAAUCGUUGAAGAAACUGUCUAGUCGCAUUUUGAUACAAAGUGGACGUCCACAAUCAGAAUCUGGCUCAAUUGGUAGUGUUGUUCUUGGAAGGUCUCAGUUGGAAGGUACUGCAUCUGCUUCGGGGUUCACCUCGGUUCCUUCGACUACCAAAGCCACUGAUCCUAUAAUAUCAGACACGUCCUCGUCUGCUCUAAGCGCAACGGAAGUCCGAUCAAAGCGUCUCUCCUGCAGGAGACAUGAUGUUGUACCGCCUUCCACUUCCGUGCAUCAAGAUCCCGAGGAACAAAGGCAAACAGAGGUGCAAGAGACCGCGAAAGAAGUCGAGAACCUAGUUACUUAUAAACCACUUCAACCUAUGCGUCCGGUAAAACCGAUCGCUUCUACCACUAGUCCCUCCCAAGACUCAAGAUCUGAAGAAGACAACACUUCGAACGCCAAAUCAACGAUCAUCUCAUCUACCACUAAUCUUUCGACUUUUUCUUCUCCUCCCACGAUUGAUAUCCCAUUAGCCAGCUUCCCUAUGAAUUCAGGAAUCCAGCUACCCACCGAGAUCGACGAAGUGGACCGGGAACUAGAACAGCCUAUCUCUAAAAGACCUGUUGUGAAGUCCUGGAAGCAUGACGCUGGGGCAGUAAUACGAUACCAUCUCGCAGCCACAGCAGACAACGAAAUGAUCCGGUACCAUUUCGCCGGAAAAAUGAGCCUCGAAUCCCCACCUCCCCGCUCACCAGACCAGUACCAAGCGCCGCCGCCUACUCACCCCACGUCCGAACCUGGAAGAACUCUUCGUCCUGAACAUACCCCUUUCCAAGAGUCCCAGACUCGAGAAACACAAGCGCCUUCCGUACUUCGCCUUGACAGCAGGAGAGAGCGCAAGAAACGCAAGAAAGAGGCCGCCAAGAUCGAGCGGAGAGUGAAGUUCUUGCUCAAGAAAGAGCGCAAGAAGGAGCGGAUGCUAGCAUCUGUCACGACGGACAAAGAGAGAGAGAUGUUGCGGCGCAAGCAGGACGUCAAGAUGGAUGUCUCGCUGAGGAUAGCAAAUGUGGCUCCGCGUGGCAUGAAAGGCUUUGCGCUUGCUAUGACAGCCGAGGAGCGGGAAAGAUACCUAGAGGCGAGUGACAUACGACAGAGAGCGAUAAUAGAUAUCCAAAACAAGGCGCUAGCGAAAGAGAGAAAAAAGAGGGAAGCCCAUGAGGAGAGGAUGAGGAGAUCAAGGGAGAAGAGAGCCGUGAGGCUAGAGAAAAGAGUAAGGGAGGGGAUAGAGAGGAACUCUUUGGUGGAGGUAGAAAUGGAGAGGAUGGCAGCUGCAAGAGCGAGUGCAGGUGAGGACCGGGGGAAACGGCCGCGUAACUAUGUGGGUGAUGAAGAAUCGAUUGAUGAGAAGCGACUCAGGUUGAAGAUAGAAGAUGAGUUAGGCCUGAAAAAGGAUUACAGGACUAAGAAGAGAACUGGCAAUCAACAUGGAAGUGGACAAAAGGAUAAGAAGAGCGCAAAGAAGAGGGGGACAAAGGGGAAAAUAAGAAGAUUGGGUAUACGCGAAGGUAGGUAGGGAUUUGUAAAAAGGAAAGUUUGUAUAAUUAAAAGAAAAUGUAGAUGUAUGACUAGCUUAGACAUUGUACCUUAAAUAUAUAUAUAUAUAUGUACGUACUCGAAAGACAGAGUCGCCCCC